AUGACGACAAUUAAUAGUCAAUUUCAACUACACCAUCAUGAUAAUUCAGCAGCUGCCACUGUAUUACAAACUCCGGAAUUAAUACUUCACAUUUUCGGUUUUCUUCCAACUUCCUCGCUUCUUGUUGCUCGGAAUGUGUGUAAACAAUGGCGUGAAUUAGUGAAUUUGCCGCAACGUUUCGCUCUUUAUAUUAAUGAAAUCGUGACAAAUCCACCGACAAUCUAUGUGCUGAAAGAAAAGAGUUUUGACAGUGAAGGACACAGUAAUAAAACCAUGGGAGUUUAUCUUAACGAACUCACGGCACGUAAUGCAAUGAUUCGAUAUCAUAGGGAAUUCAUGCUGGAAAUGGAAUAUCAUUAUGCGUCAGGUAUUGAUGGAUAUUAUAAAAGGUCUGCCAGACCAUUAGAGGGUGGACAUGAUGAGCUUACCUAUGAAUGGUAUGUUGAGAAAUUCGAAAAUGUUAUAACUCGGGUCGAUAACUGUCACGAGAGAGAGUAUGAUCCCGCAUGGGUUCUUACGACUGACGAUGAGGACGAUGAUGACGAUAGCGAAGAGGACGAUGACAGCGAAGACGAUGUCGAUGACAGCGAAGACGACGAGGACGACGAGGACGAUGACAACGAUGACGAAUAUAAUCAAAUAUAA